GGCCCUCCAAAUUUGGCCAAAAUUUUGUUGGCGCCUCUCUCUCUCGACCCGACUCCCUCAGAUCUUCAAUCCUCGCAUAGCACCACAACCAUCUCUCUUCUGUUUUCUCUACUUCGAUCCUCUCACUCUCAGUCGAUCAGCCACCGCGCCGCCUCCAUCCCUGCACGCAGCGGCAGUCUCAGUUUCUGAUCGCCGACAACAUCUAUUCCUCUCCUGCGAUUUCUUCUGUGGGUUUCUCUCUCAUAUCAGUCAAAGAUGGAAGAGUGAUGAUAUAUUUGCAGUUUGACAUUGUUCAUGCAUGACUACACCAACGCCCAGCCGUGACUUCACCAACUCCAAAUCCGGCCGCACUCUUUCAGUCCCUAACCCGGCCAAUUUCUCCAAGUUUCGGCUGCCUCACUACCAGACCCCAGCCCGGCUGUGGUCAUGGCUGCUUUGUCUCACGCCUUUCCAAGCAUUUCGUCUUCCUGUUGUCAUUGCAGAAUCAGUAAUCUCAAGGAAGAUCACAAGGUCUGCAUUUGGGGUUUCUCCAGAGAAAUAAGUGAUAAUGAAAUCGGUGUUUCUAGGGUUUACUGGAAGAAGGAUAAUAAUAAUCUCACCGGUCGCUGGACUGUGAAUGCAGUUGACACCCACAUUGUGGAGACCGCUCCACCUCGCACCACCGUUGAAAUUCCCAUUACCUGUUACCAGCUUAUUGGCGUUCCUGAUCAAGCUGAAAAAGAUGAGGUUGUUAAAUCAGUGAUGGAUUUGAAGAGUGCUGAAAUUGAAGAAGGUUACACCAUGGAUGCUGUUGCAUCUCGCCAGGGUCUUUUAAUGGAUGUGAGAGAUAAGCUUCUUUUUGAACCAGAAUAUGCUGGUAAUAUUAAGGAAAAGAUCCCACCUAAAUCUUCCCUGCGAAUCCCUUGGGCUUGGUUGCCAGGUGCUCUUUGCCUCCUUCAAGAGGUUGGAGAAGUUAAGCUUGUGCAAGAUAUUGGUCGUGUAGCUGUUCAGCAUCCAGAUGCCAAGCCGUAUGUUCAUGAUCUUCUUCUUUCUAUGGCACUAGCGGAGUGUGGAACUGCAAAGAUUGGUUUUGAGAAGAACAAGGUGUCCCAAGGAUUUGAAGCUCUCGCUCGUGCACAGAGUCUUCUAAGGAGUAAAAAGUCUCUUGGGAAAAUAGCAUUGUUAUCUCAGAUAGAAGAAUCUUUGGAGGAGCUUGCACCUGCUUGCACAUUGGAAUUGCUAGGCAUGCCUCACUCACCUGAGAAUGCUGAAAGAAGAAGAGGAGCAAUUGCAGCCUUGCGUGAAUUGGUCAGACAGGGGCUUGGUCUGGAAACAUCGUGUCGAGUUCAAGACUGGCCAUGCUUCUUGAGCCAAGCAUUUAAUAGACUAAUGGCUUCGGAGAUAGUUGAUCUUCUUCCAUGGGAUGACUUAGCUAUUACAAGGAAGAAUAAGAAAUCACUUGAAUCACAGAAUCAAAGGGUUGUUAUUGAUUUUAAUUGUUUCUACAUGGUGUUGAUAGCUCAUAUUGCCCUGGGGUUUUCAAGCAAGCAAAAAGAAUUGAUUGACAAAGCAAAGACUAUAUGCGAGUGUCUGAUUGCAUCAGAGGGUACUGAUCUGAAACUUGAGGAAACUUUUUGCUUGUUCCUUCUUGGUCAGGGUAAUGAGGCUAUGGUUGUUGAAAAGCUUCAGAAGCUUGAAUUAAAUUCAGAUUCUGCUGCACGAAAUCCAAUCUCAGGGAAGGAAGUUAAGCAUACUUUUGGAGCGAAUCAAACAUUGGAAAUGUGGCUGAAGGAUGCUGUCCUUGUUGUGUUUCCAGACUCACGAGAUUGCCCUCCAUCGUUGGCCAACUUUUUUUGUGGUGAAAGGAGGACUUCUUUGAGCAAGAAAAGCAAAGUAGCUCCACAGAAUUUGCCUAUUUUAAGUCACAGACCAAUUUCCACUACUCUCGUGUCAGAGCGGAGAGAUUUCGAUGAGUCUCUUUCCCAUAUGAACUCUUCUCAACAUCUUGGAGCAGCUGUUAAGCAGCUGGCUCCAACUGAUCUUCAGAGUCCCUUGAUAUUGGGCAAGACUGGCAGUGGAAGCAGUGCUAGUGCAUCAUCUGUUCAAUUGAAAAGGAAUCUUGGCACGCACCAUGACAAAGUUUGGAAUGGUUGGGUUGCUAGAGGAGUUUUGGUGGGAAGGAUCACUUUUGUGGCAGUACUGGGGUGCAUUGUUUUUGCUUCCUUAAGGUUAACAGGCAUGAAGGGAAACAAGAUGAGAAGUGCUUCUAAAUGGGGCCCUAGUAAGCCAAAUACGCACACAAGUUCCAUUUCUUGGACAACUGAUUCAUCUGUGGAUUCUAGUCUAGUACCUGCUUAUAUCAAGGGAAAUGGACUAUCUGGCAGGCUUAAGAAGUUUUUGGUGACUUUUAUGAAGCAGGUCAGGACCUGCUCAGAUGCCGAAAAUCCACAAAUUUCAUAUUUGUCUUCUUCGACAGCUGUGUUCCGGAGGCUAAUGUCUAUUGAAGAAGCUGAAGACCUUGUGAAGCAAUGGCAAGCAAUUAAAGCUGAAGCUCUGGGGCCUAGCCAUGAAAUUGAUAGCCUCUGUGAAAUCCUUGAUCAGUCAAUGCUUGUUCAGUGGCAGGCUUUGGCUGAUGCUGCAAAAGCGAGGUCUUGUUAUUGGAGAUUUGUUUUGCUACAAUUGUCUGUCCUGCGAGCUGAAAUUUUAUCAGAUGAAGUUGGAGGAGAGAGAGCAGAAAUCGAGGCUGUCCUGGAGGAAGCAGCUGAACUUGUUAAUGAAUCUGAACCAAAUAACCCAAGUUAUUACAGCACGUAUAAAAUUUGGUAUGUUCUAAGAAGGCAAGUAGAUGGUUCGUGGAGGUUCUGUGAAGCGGAAGUGCAAACACCAUCAUAACAUUGGCCUAGUUACUGGAAUGCAUGAACCAGCAGCUGCCACACCGAAUAAUGCUUUGCUAACUUGGUUCCUCGCAUCUAUAAUUUUUCUUAACUAAUUAGAAAUGUGGAUCUCAAUUUAGGAGGUUUUUGGCAGAAUUCUAAAAUUUCAAAUGGGUUUAGUUUUGUUGAUGUUGAUAACUUUUACUUGUAGCUGAAAUAGAAUGAGCGGAAAAUAGUUAUUGGUUUCCUUUCCUUUGUGUCGUUGUCUCCGAUUACUAGAGGCAUUUAAGGCUAAUUGAAAUUGAAUUGUUUGACAUCAACUAUCGGACUACUGUACAGAUUAUCUAACUCAAUGAGGAUCCGAUAUGUCAUCUGAGUGUGCUUAUUUUAGUUUAUUUUUUUUGGGUCUGAGUGCUUAUUGUUUAUUUGGGCCUGAACUGAAGCCAUUGUUUUUCUUUUUUUAUUUAUAAAUUUUUAUAUUAAUUUUUUCGAUGAAUUGAUGUAAAUUUAAGCCCAUAUAAAAGCAGAGCAGAAUCUGAAGCUCCUUCAAAAGACUAGACUAGAGAGAGAAGCAGUUUGUUGAUCGAAUCCUUGAAUUGAAGCACAGCAUCAAAAGAGGUGAUGGGUCGCCAAGCCGUAGCCAAGCUGAUCUCCGUCUCCAUCAACUUCUAUUCUUCAGUGUCGACAUUACUCCCUGGCUCCGCCACCGCCGCUGGCGGUGUUUGUCGACAAAAACACUCGCGUCAUAUGCCAAGGCAUCACCGGCAAGAAUGGCACUUUCCACACCAAACAAGCCAUCGAAUAUGGCACCACUCGU